AUGAGCGGACAGAGGCUGUAUUCAGGAACUCCUCCGUAUGGAUCGAGUGGAAGAUCGCAGAUCAAUUUUCGCUUUGGGCUGCAAAUGGACCUCACGAUUCUCUGGCCGAGGAGCGCUUCUGCUUACACCGCGGCCUCGGUUACUUCGAAUAUGAAGAGAUGUGAAGAGAUGGGAAGAUUUGGUCUGGUCUUCGAAAAGCCCAAGGGAAUGCCUGAACAGGCACCUGUGACGUUACAUAAAACGGCCGAGCGUCUUCAUGCCGUCGACUGGCAACACCAGGGUCUUCGCUCAGCCAACAUACUCUUCUUUGAGGAUCCAUGGAUCUGCAAAAUUGAUUACGCUACACCCUUUGUAUCUGGCUUCCAUUACUUCCAUCCUGCUACAAGGGAUGACAUGACUCAGAGACCCUCAGACGAUCUUGCAGCUGAUCUCUACCGCCAUCCUUUCGCGCAGGAUUUUUGCAACCAGCAUUUCAAAAAGAGCCAUGGUAUCUACACUCUAGGCAUCAUCUUGCUUGAGAUCGCUGUUUGGGAACCCAUUGAUCGGCUUCUCGGUAUCGACUUCGGGGAAGUCCGACCAAAAGAUGCAUAUCUCGUCCGAGAUAGAUUGGUCAAUAGAGAGCCCAGGUUCUUGGAGCAGGUCAGAAGCCACCAAGGCAGAGCCAUCGAAAAUGUUAUUGCGAUUUGUCCUCUGGGACUAGAAGGAUCCGGCCUCAGCAAAGACUUUGACGAGAGCAGUGAGGAAGGUGAGGCCAUGUUGCAGCGAGCUUUUGGUGAACAGGUUGUGGCCAAGUUAGCGGGGAUCAGAGGGCUGUGAAUGAGCUUACACGGAUUUCCUUAGGUGUUUGAAUGGACUUCUUUCCCCACGGUGUGUCGCGCUCGUAACGAAG